AUGGCGCCAGUUGCGACCUCGCCUGAGUCAUCUUCCGCAUCGCUCAGGACGCUCAAGCAAUCUCCUCCUAUCCUCAACGACCCAGCUUCCAUGGAGGGCAACUCGCAUCCUGCACCGAAACCACCGAAGAGCUCUGCGAGACCACAGGCGGUCGACGCACCCGCCCGGACGGAGUUCGCGUUCGAUGAUAUUAAGGGGGCGUUGGAGGCGUUUGGGCGGGGCGAGUUCGUGGUGGUCAUGGACGACGAGGGAAGGGAGAACGAGGGCGACCUGAUCAUCGCUGCGAGCGAGGUCUCGACGGAGAAGAUGGCGUGGAUGAUCAAGCAUACUAGCGGGUACAUAUGUAUCGCGCUCCCGGGAGAGCGCCUGGACGAGCUCGGAAUCCCGAUGAUGGUGUCUGAGAACGAGGACCCGCACCGGACGGCGUACACGGUGACAGUAGACUAUAGACAUGGUACGCAGUCUCCCACUACUCCCAAGUCCACACACCGAAUACGAUUUGCGAACAAACCACCAGCCCUCCACUUCUCCCGCCCGGGACACAUGGUCCCCCUGCGCGCGCGCCCGGGCGGUGUCCUCACGCGGCGCGGACACACCGAGACGGGGGUGGACCUCUGCGCGAUCACGGGCCUCCCGCAGGCGGGUGUGCUCUGCGAACUCGUGGAAGACGACGAGUUGGGGAGCAUGAUGCGGCGAGAUGGGUGUAGGCGGUUUGCGGACCGGUGGGGGCUGAAGAUGAUCAGUGUGGAUAUGCUGGCGGAGUGGAGGCGGGCGACGUGA